UCCACAGAGGAAACACAUUUCGGAUAAGAAUUGUAGUUGAAAUAACUACAAAAUUUAUUUAAAUAAUACAGUUAAAGGAGUAUACUGAAUUAAACACAAACUUUUGAAUAAGGACUACCUGGAAACUGCAGGCGUUGCAUUUAAAGGAUUUCCUAGAUUCUCAAUUUUUCCGUAUAAUGACCGCUUCAUCACGGGAUAUUAACGAUCUUUUUGACGAUAUUGUCCUGACCGAGGAGAAAGAAGCUCGUCUGGGCUACGAGGAGGGUCUGAAAGACGGUCAGGAGCAGGGCAACGAAGAGGGCUACAAAUUGGGCUACGCCCAGGGAGUUUCCCUAGGCGAGGAGCUGGGCAGGAUUCUCGGCCAGGUGGUGGCCCAGCAGCAGCUGAAGCAUACGGAAAAGGUGCGUCGCAGUCUGGAGCAGCUGCGCUCACUCAUCGAGGAGUUUCCCCGCACCAACGAUCCGCAGGCAGACAUAGUAGGAGCCGUGCAGAACAUCCGAACCUCCCAUCGUCGUCUCCGUGCCCUAUUGGGAUCCAAGAAAACCACAGAGGCCACAUCUCCUGUAUCACCUGCUUCCGAACGCAAAGAUUACAGUUUUUAG